AGUUAACAGAGGGACUUGGACUUGCAAAGGAGUUUAACAGUAAUGUCCAGGACCUGCUGACCAAAAUGGCCAAGUGUGAAGAGACCAUAAACACUCUGCCUGCGCCCAGCUUCAUCCUGGACACCGUCUGCGCUCAGCUUCAGGAGCACAGGGUGCUGGUAGGUGAGGUGCAGUCUUAUGGAGAGAGGAAGACAAGUGUGGAAACCGCUGCCAUGCGUCUGUCGGAGCUCAGCAGGAAGGAAGACUGCGAUGUGGUGCAGAACCUGAUCAUGACCGUCCGGGACCGAUACAAGAAACUCCUCCAACACAGCACAGACAGGGGGAAAACACUCGAGGACGUCAAAAGACAUGCUAAACAGUUCAAUGAAUCAUGGCACUUACUGGUGGACUGGAUGACGGAGGUUGAACAGACGCUGGAUACACACAAAGAGAUCGCAGUGUCACAGGAAGAGAUCAAACAGCAGCUCGCUGAACAAAAGGAGUUCCAGAAACUGCUCCGCUCGAAGCGGCCGAUGUACGAGGCCUGUCUGAAGAGUGGCCGCUCGCUGCAAGAGAAAGCCCAGAGUCCUGAAGACACGCAGCACCUGGAGAACAUGGUGUCUGAGCUCAGAGACUCGUGGGACACCAUCAGCGGCAAAUCCAGCGAGAGGCAACACAAGCUGGAAGAGGCUCUGCUGUUUUCAGGCAGAUUCACUGACGCUCUGCAGGCUCUUAAUGAUUGGCUGUACAGAGCCGAGCCACAGCUGGCUGAAGAUGUGCCUGUCUGCGGUGAAAAAGACCUGGUCAACAAUCUGAUUGACAAGCACAAGGUGUUUCAGCGGGAGUUCGGGAAGCGUGCCAGCUGUAUCCGCACGCUGAAGCGCUCGGUCAGGGAUCUGACACGGAGCAGCACGGCCGAUGCCCGCUGGCUGCAGGAGCAGAUGGAGGAGCUGGAGGGCCGCUGGGAGGCCGUGUGCAAACUCUCUGUGUCCAGACAGACUCGACUAGAGGCCGCGCUGCAACAGGCAGAAGAGUUCGAUGGAAUGGUUCACUCUUUCCUGGAUCAUCUUUCUGAUGUUGAGAGGGUCCUGAAGUACGGAGUGCUGCCUGAGGAAGAGGAGGCUCUUCUGGCAUUUCGUACCUGUCAUCAGGAGUCGAUGAGUUCCUUGAACGCUCAGCAGACGGCGCUGGAGAACAUUCACAAACUGGGUGAGGAGAUACUGUCCUCCUGCCAUCCAGACUCGGUCAUCACCAUCAAAUCAUGGAUCAGCAUCACAAAGACUCGCUAUGAAGAGGUCCAGACGUGGGCGAAGCAGCAGGCCGAGAGGAUCCAGACCACACUGUCUGCUCUCGAGGCUGAGAGAGAGGAGAUACAGCGAUUACUGGACUGGAUCUCCUCCGCUGAAGAGUCUCUCAAUCUGAAGGAGCAGGAGCCGCUGCCUGAAGACCUAGAGCUCACAGCAGAUCUCAUCACUCAGCACACGGAUUUCAUGAUUGAGAUGAAAGGGAAGGUACCAGAAAUUGAAAACGCCACAAAAUCCUGUAAACACAAGCUGGUUCCCAAGCAGCAGGUUUCCCCCAGCCGCAAAGCACCAGCAAAGAGGAGAGGCACAGCGAAGCCCCCGCCGUCAGUGCCUCUUCCACUGGAGAAGCUGGACCCUCAGACACCCAUGAUGAGUCAGCUGGUGAGUCAGUGGAGGAAACUCUGGCUCCUGGCCCACGGCAGACAGAGCAGACUAGAGGAACAUCUGCAGAGGCUGAAAGAGCUGGAGGAGUUUGCUAAUUUUGACUUCAACUUCUGGCGGAAAAGAUACAUGCAGUGGAUAAGUCACCUCAAAUCCCGGAUACUGGAUGUUUUUCGUAGCAUCGAUCGAGAUCAGGAUGGACGAAUCACUCACAAGGAGUUCAUCGACAGCGUUCUGGCCUCUAAAUUUCCCACCAACUCCCUGGAAAUGACUGCGGUUGCUAACAUAUUUGAUGUAAACGGUGAUGGAUUUAUUGACUACUAUGAAUUUGUGAGUGCCCUCCAUCCAAGCCGAGACCCUUACAGAAAGACAAUAGAUGCAGACCAAAUCAAUGAGGAGGUGAGUCGUCAGGUCUCUCAAUGCAACUGUCCAAAGAGAUAUCAAGUAGAGCAAAUAAGCGCAAAUCGCUACAGGUUUGGAGACUCUCAGCAGUUGCGGAUGGUUCGUAUUCUCAGAAGCACUCUGAUGGUUCGAGUUGGUGGUGGAUGGACAGCAUUAGAUGAGUUUCUAGUAAAGAAUGACCCCUGUAGAGUAAAGGGACGCACAAACCUGAAAAUAAAGGAGAAGUAUCUCUCUCCGGACGUGUUCGAGGCGUCGGGCCGCAGAGGCAGCGCUAAAGGCCUGACCGUCAGCAGAUCCAACUCCAGCCUGAGUUUAUACAGCAGCGCUUCGGCCCCCAGCAGCCCGCUGACACGCAAGGCAUUACUACGCAGAAGUUUCUCUGGUGAGAGGUGCAUUCGACCCAGGAGCUCUAUUGCAGCAUUAGGGAGCGACCAUUUCUCUGCCGACAUUGACUCACCUUCACCUACAGAAGAGGCAGAAAGACCGCCAACAUGAUCACAUCUUGUCCCAUACCAUGAGCUCAACCAGGCAGGCGUUCCUGAUCCGCAGGAUGGACAGAAAACCACCCCAGCAGGCCUCAGAUCAGUGGCCACGCUCAGACAGUUCACUCUCAUGGCUGGUCACUAGUGCUCUGAGGUGUGUUACACCAUCCGUUUCAUAGCAUUGACUUUUUACCUUCACAGACUUUGUUUUUACAAAACGGACUCCCUGCUUUGUGUGUAACGAGAGACCGCUGGAAUGUUUUGCAUGGGUUUGAGCAGCACGACGCCUGUAGUAUCAAAGAGCAAUAGCUUAUGUAGUGCUUUACACAGCAUAUAUGCACAGAUCUCUUUAUUUUCUGUUGUUGCCUGAAGUAGGGACAAAUGUUCAAUCUGACCCUGCAUCCUCAAGAGUAAAACCACUGCCUUUGUAUCAGUUUCUCCCCACAGUUAGUGAUGCAAAAUACAAACCAAAAUACUGCUGUUUUAUGGUUUAGGCUUUAUGAUAAGCUGAGCUUUUGGGGUCCAUGUUAUUGUUUUGUGUAAGUGUGGCUAUUAUAUCCUCAGGUCUGAAGUGCUAGAAUAUUUCACGGUCUAGAGUAUGAAUUUAAAGACCACAUGAAAUAUACCACCUGCCACCAUUAGCCAAUAGUAAAUACUAGUUAACGGUGGUAAAUGAGCCCAAGAAAUACAUGACUGUGCCUACAUUUCCCGAAAUGUGUAAAUGGCAAAUAGCAAAACCAGAAAUACAUUGUUCCGGGUACAUUUUUGUGCACUUUUCACAUGACAUGUCUAUAAGAGGCGCUAUAAGCUAUAUAAUUGUUCCCCAUUGCAGAUGCAGAUUUAUUAAACAGCACAGUGUCAUGAAAAAAAAAGAAAAUGUGCCUGUGGAUACAAAAUGGUUGCAAAAUGAUAUUGUGUUGGUUAUAGCAGAUUUCAUGGCAGUUUCAAAUCGAAAGGUCUAGUGUCUGAUGCUAAAUGGCAUGUUCAAAUGUCUCCAAAACAGUUAAAUGUGACAAUGUUUUAUUACAUUGGUUGUUGUACAUGUAGUGGCUUUUCAUGAAUGAAAUCUAACCUAUAUUGUUUACAAAAGCAAAUGUGAGAUAAAAACACAUUUACUGAAGCAAGCAUUCCAUUUUAGCUUGCUAAUUACAAGUGCAGUACUUUACCAGGUGCGCUACUGAGCAAGUUUACUGCAUCAGAAAUGCCACACGUAUGGAGCUGAUUAUGUGAUGCAAAUGACAAAAUAUAUUAGUUUACAAAUAAUGCACUGCGGUAAAAGUAUUCUGUAUUCAUAACAGAGUAUUGUUCAAGACAACAUGCAAAAAUAAGCAUUUAUUCUUCAAUAAUCUGCCCCGUAAACAUAAUUUGUGUGAAAAGGAACAAAAGUUGUUGGCGUUUACUGGCGCCUCUAGUGUUCAUUUCAUCUGGAAACUGCAGUCAAAUGCGGUUUUGCAGAAAUGUAAGCGGAGUCACAUUUAACUGUACUGCCAAUAUUCUUAAAAAACAAAACUGUCUGCCAUGAUUCUUUGAUAAACACAUUACCAACUUUAGAAGUUGGAGCUUAAGAAAAUCCUGGUAAUUAUAACUUCAUGGUGGUGUAAAUACAAUCAUUCCAACAUGACUUGGACGAACAAUUCAACAUAGAAAAGUAAACUGUCAUUUCAUGAGGUCUUUAAAUACUUUGAGUCUGUUUAGGGAUGUUCUUUAGCAUUUUAGCAUUGCGUUUACUGUUUGUCUCCCUAAUUAUACACCUCAGUGUCUGUAAAAUGUAUAUUAGUGUAAUUUCCAGUAUAUAGACAUACAGUAUCUAUAGAAUAUUUGUUUUGUUUUUUUCCCAUAAAAACGGUCUUAUUUGAUUUUGAACAAUCAUGCCACCGGUUGUAAUAACUUCCUUUGAGGAUAUGAAAGUGUAGGUCUCAAUGAGAUUAGCUGAAUUAAUACUCAUCACAAAUGCUCCUUUAUCAGCACCAGCCGGGAUUUUUGACUUUUAUUUGAGCCAAACAAAUCAACAUUGAUAUGAUCUGCUUUUUUACAGUGUCCUGCUCAGGGCAAAGUCUGCUGUAUUCAUUUUUUGCCUUAAACCUAUUUGUGAAUGUCGUGGGUUGAAUUCUUAUACCAUUGUACCAAGUGUUAUGGAUGUAGCAUUUGAUUCGAAUUACAUAUCAAAUAUGUGUGUCUUUUAAUUUUGUGCAUAUGCGGUUCGGUUCUCUUAAGUUUGGAGAGCUGAAAUGGGUUUUGAGGGUUCAGGAUUGCAGCAUUUGAGUUUUUUUUCUUAGCAGGUAUACUUUGCUUUAGCUUUUUGCUUUGCUUUACUCUGUUCCAUCUGAGAAUCAACAAAUGAAGGCAUUAAUAAUAAAAUAUUUGGCCAAAAAUAUGGCACAUAUAUUUGCAUAUUGAGGUGGUCAGCGUUUAGUCAUUGAGCAGUGCUACUGAAUGUGGUUGAAUGGACUGUGAUGAUUGUCUUAUUGCCCGGCAAUAAAUAAUAAUGUCUGGUAGUAAUUGAUUAUCUAUGCAAAAUCCAUUUGACACUCAAAAUCCAUUUCACUUCUGUGAUUAUUCAUCACCUUAUAAAUGCUGGUUUAUAUAAUCCAUUUCUGGAAAGAGAUCCUCUUCUGCUAUGCACCUGCUAUUAUUGUACUGUAAAUCUCUGAUGCUGUAAAUAAUGGUAUGUUCAGUAGCAUUAUUGCUUAUUUACUGUACGUUUCUGAUCUUGUAAAAUAAGUUUACAUAGAAUUUGUGAUCAGCGCUAAAGUACUUUUAGGUGUUUUACUUUAACACCUAGUUGUGGAAUGACACUAAUCAUAACAUUUCUUGUAAUUAUAAAUCUGUUAAAAUAAAAUGUUUCAUAGAGAGUUGUGUAUAAAUUGGUCUGCUUUGUGCAUUUUUGGUCACAUUUAAUGGUUUUUCAUUUAAAAUACUGUUUCUUAAUUAUUUUUUAUCAGAUAUGUGCAUUAAGUUUUUGUGUUACGUCUUAUGUUGUUAAAUGAAUGUUCAUUGCAUGCAUUAUUGUAGUGUUUUGAUGGUAUUUUGGUUG